UCGUUGGCCAUCUUUGUUUUCUCCAAGCUGACUCUACUUUUCCUCAUCUUUCUCCUUUUUCUUCCUUCUCUUUAUAUUCUCCCAUGUUCUGUUUCGUUCGUCAUCCGUAUGGUCCGCACCUGUCAACUUGUUCAGCAGGUUUUCUUGGCAGAAUUGGAGAUGUCAGGCACAAUCUUUGUCUUAUGGGAUUCUUUAGGUGGACACAAGGGCCGCCAUCGUGUAGUUUACGAUCAAGGAUUGUGGAUAAGAGGAGAGGAUUGUUGUUUACGUCAAGACAUUGUUACAGGAAUGUUCUGUCCAUAAGUGGUACAACGAUCGCAUCAUGAACCUCUCGCAAGUUUGAACUCUCAGGGCCUAGGAAUCUAACUCUAUAUGAUAAAACUGAAACGUAGACGUCAAAAUCAUUCUUUAGGUUAUUUGUUUUUGUGCAGGCAAUAUUUCAGAGGUAUCCGCAACCAGAGAAGGAAUGCCAAUCCUUUUCUUUGAUAUACAAUGACCGGUCGCUCGAUCUGAUCUGCAAGGAUAAACAUGAAACUGAGGUGUGGUUUACUGGUCUUAAAGCAUUGGUUUCGCGGGGCUGCCACCACAAAUGGAGUAUUUUGGAUGCAAGAAGCGACGCAGCUAUGUCAGAUACAUGUAGCCCGCGAGCAUUAACUCGAGGUUCUUCAUUCGUCUCCCCAUUGUGUAUUGCAAAUAGCUUACAUAAGGAUGGAGACGAUCGCCGACCUCCUACACUGCAUGGAAGCUCAUCUAAGAAUAGCGAAGAUAAGGCAUCUUCUUAUGUUGGUAGCCCACCUAAGCAUAGCGAAGUUAAGUCAUCUUCUCAUGUUUUAUCGCCCAAAGCAUUUCCGCCUAGAAACUUUAUUGGUGGUUCUGCUCAGUCUUUGUCGUCAGGCAUCUCAGAUGGUGUAAAUGAACAAAUGAAAAGCUCUGCAACUGAGACAGUUAGAGUUAGUAUGUCAAGUGUUGUGAGCUCAUCAAGCCAAGGUUCUGGUCAUGAAGAUGCUGAUGCAAUUAGGGAUGUUUUCAUUUGGGGUGAAGAUACAGGAGAAGGGGCUCUGGGUGGCGGAAUUCACAGGGCUGGUACUUGUGCUGGUGUCAAAAUUGACUCUCUUUUACCAAAAGCUGUGGAAUUAACAGCAUUGUUUGAUAUUCGGAGUAUAGCUUGCGGUGGAAAACAUGCCGCCUUGGUCACCAGGGAAGGGGAGCUCUUCUCUUGGGGGGAGGACUCUGGUGGCCGACUUGGGCAUGGUGUAAAUGUUGAUGUUUCACAUCCAAAGCUUGUAAAUUCUCUCAGCGGCGUGAAUGUUGCAGUCGUUGCUUGUGGUGAAUAUCAUACGUGUGCUGUAACUUUGUCUGGAGAACUUUAUACAUGGGGUGAUGGUGCCUAUCAUUCUGGACUCCUCGGACAUGGUGAUGAAGUGAGCAAAUGGAUCCCCAAAAGGGUAAAUUUUCCUUUGGGGGCCUUGCCUGUCUCUUCUGUUUCCUGUGGCCCUUGGCAUACAGCUGUCGUGACUUCAGCUGGGCAGUUGUUUACUUUUGGUGAUGGAACUUUUGGUGUUCUUGGACAUGGAGACUGCAGAAGUGUGACUAGACCGAGAGAAGUGGAGACUUUGAGGGGUCUGCGCACGAUAUGUGCUGCCUGCGGUGUGUGGCAUACGGCUGCGGUCGUAGAUGUCAUGUGUGGGACUCCUAAUUCAAAUGGUUCUUCUGGCAGGCUGUUUACAUGGGGUGACGGUUACAAAGGUAUGCUUGGACACGGUGAUAAUGAAUCUAGACUUGUCCCUGCUAGUGUGGUAGCACUGGCAGAGUUCAACUUUAGCCAAGUAGCUUGUGGCCAUCGCUUAACAGUCGCUCUCGCAGCCUCAGGUCAUGUUUACACUAUGGGCAGCACAGUUUAUGGUCAACUGGGGAAUGUCCAAUCCGAUGGGAAGAUCCCUGCUCGUGUUGAGGGAAAACUACAGAACGGUUUUGUUGAAGAAAUUUCCUGUGGUGCUUAUCAUGUUACAGCAUUGACAUCAAGAACGGAAGUAUAUACUUGGGGGAAAGGAGCAAAUGGACAGCUGGGCCAUGGGGACACAAGAGAUAGGAAUGCCCCAUGUUUGGUUGAAGCCUUAAAAGAUAAGCAGGUCAAAAGUGUUGUCUGUGGCUCUAAUUUUACAGCAGCUAUUUGUUUGCACAAACAGGUUUCUAGCAUUGAUCAAUCCAUGUGCUCUGGCUGCCAUCUCCCAUUUAAUUUCAAAAGGAAGCGCCAUAACUGCUACAAUUGUGGGCUUCUAUUCUGUAAUGCAUGCGCUGCAAAGAAAUCAGUUAAAGCUUCCAUGGCCCCAAACUGUAACAAACCGUAUCGUGUCUGUGGGAGUUGCUUCAAUAAGCUGAAGAAAAAUCUAGAUAAAUUUUCUGGUUCUCAUGCAACAAUUAGUAGGACAGGAAGCACAUAUCUCAUCUACAGUGGUUCAGUUGAGAAGGAUGAUAUAUUUGGGUUGAGAUCUGAGGACCAGAUGAGAUUAUCUUCUGCUGAAUCCCUCACGCACGUUGAAGGAACAUACUCGUCGAAUGGAAAGAAGAAAUUGGACUUAAACAGCACCCGAGUAUCACCUGUUCCUCACUGUGGCAGUCAAUGGGGUGGUUUUACUUCUUCAGGAUCAUUUAAUCCAGUGUUUGGAUCUGCACAGCCCUUUUUCUCAGAUUGGGUUCCUGGGUCCAGAGUUGUUUCAGGAGAAACAUCUAUUUCUAGACUGCCCAGCCCCCUACGUUCUACAACACAAACAACUAGUCUGGUUCGGUCUUCUUCACCUAAAAUAGGUGCAUGUGAUGCCAGGACAGAUAAUAGCUUGACCCACGAGGUUCUUCAGUUAAGAGUACAGGUGGAACAUCUCACCCAAAAAGCCGAGCUUCUGGAAGUUGAGCUUGAAAAGGCUUCAAAACAAUUUAACGAAGCUAUGACUAUUGCCAGGGAAGAAAGAGCCAAAUGUAAGGCUGCUAAGGAAGUCAUUGAAGCUCUUUCCAUUCAGUUUAAAGCAAUGGAUAAAAGGCUCCUCACUGGAGAUGCCGAUUUGACUACGCCUGGUUUAUUAAUUAGCAAAGGAAGUUCAACUUUGACCGAUGCCUUUGUCUUACAUGCUGAAGAAUUGAGCAGUGUAAGUACUCACUGUGUUGCUGAUCGGAGUCUGACCAUUAUAAAUAAGCCACCAGUUGCUCAUGUUUCAUCUUAUAAUACCAUCCAGAGGGAAAAUCAUAUCAGAGUAGGCAAUUCAGGAGCUUCCACAAGAAAUAUUGUACAAUCAAAUCAAAGCCAUGAACAUGAUGGAGAAUGGGUUGAGCAAGAUGAGCCAGGGGUAUAUAUAACCCUUACUUCCUUGCAUGGUGGCACUAACAAUCUCAAGCGUGUCCGCUUCAGUCGGAAGCAAUUCAGCAAGGAGCGAGCAACACAAUGGUGGGCUGAAAAUCAGACAAGAGUAUGCAAACAGUACAAUGUGCACAUGGUUGAUAAAUGUGGGAUUUUUGUGGGCCAUGAUGCUGCUUCUUCUUGAUCUUGUAAUCCAGAUGGUUUAACUGAAAUGGAGCCUCCAGUUGUUCUCAAAGAUGUUGCUGCAGAUCCUGCUCCCAUCUUCUAUACUAGAGAAAGAGGAUAGUCCUCCAUUGUUCAUUCUCAUGGAUUUAAAAUUUUAACUACAGAUGGUUCUCCCAUCUUCUAAACAAAGGAUAUGAGAGAGAGAGAGAGAGAGAGAGAGAGAGAGAGAGAGAGAGAGAGAGAG